AUGUUAAAAGCUCUGGGACAACUGAUCGCUAGUAUCUUCGAUUCCAGGGUCGGCUUCGACGAGACUCUCAAGGUCAUCGACCUCGCUGAACUCAACCAGAAGGGCUACAUCAAUCUACCAGAUUCCGACUUUCCAAUCAAUCCCGACUUUGANGAAAAAGCACAGGAACAUGUAACUGGUGCUUACAUUCGGCAUUUGCGUGGUUGGGAUCCCAUCGUCUCUCCGAUACAUCCCAUCUUUCUCCCGCGAAAGUGGAUCAACGUCUCAAAGGAAGACUACGACCUCAUGAUUCCUUCUCUGAAGUUGGCUAGUAGAUUACUGGAUGAACCUCAGAUCCUGACUUAUAUCAAAGGAGCUUUGAAGAAACCAUUGACGCCUAUCAACGAUCAUGAAGCGGAGAAUAAGGCAGAGCAGCCAUUGUACUCGUUCUCAAACGAGCCCCUGCGAGACUGGACCUCGGAAGAGAUUUGGCACACUCUGUGGACUCUGAGAGAAUGUAUCACAUUCCAUUUUUCACCCGCCUUACCGUAUGGAUGCAUGGCAAUGUGUGGAGGUGGUGACGAAGGAGGCUCUAUGAUUGCGAUUGGUGCCUACUCUGCCAAAAUAACCCUGGGUAACCAAUACUUGGGCGUGUUCGGAGGCAAGCUCAAGGCGAGCGACUAUUCAAAGCCAUGGAGUCCUGGUACUCACGACGAGUCCGCUGUCUUGCGAUCGCAAUUCGCAUUUGCUGUGACUCUUGUUCACGAAGUCAUGCAUGCGCUGUGGCUCACGUCCAACCCUUCGUAUUUGCAGCACUAUGCUUCCAAACCUUCGAAAUGGGUGAACCCUAGAGAACCAUUUUACCGAGACGGUCGCAUGAAUGAGCUGGGCGCGUGCUGGGAGACCCAUGUUUUUGGCGGCAAUAUCCACAUGUUGGGUUUUCCUCAUGGUGCCAUCAUGCCUUAUGGUCUGACAACUGUGCCCUUUCCUGGCACCUGGAAUUUUUAUCCUUCAGUUAUCGACCGUGGUAAUCCAAGAAAAUGGGGCUAUGAAUGGCAGACUGCAUAUCCUAUCGAGAUGAAACAUAUCCGUAAGAUGUUCACUAACGAGAUGUGGGAUGAGGUUCAAAGAUAUGGAGUCAAAAGAUUGAGAAGGAAGAGGAAGUUGGGUUACAGGACCUACGUCGAUAGCAAGCAUGCUGCAUUGGCACCUGGUGAGGCUGUUCUAGGUCAAGCACCCUCUCCGACUUCCAGUGUGGACAGCAAGGAAGGGGAAGAGGACCACAAAGGUGUUGUCCGGCGUGAACCUCCAACAGCUACAGAAGCCAACAGUUUUGUGAUCAUGAGCUAG